CGGUGGUCUGCGUUGGAAACGCGCCUCGCGACGCGGUUAGGGGAGCUAGGUGGAGCGGCUGAAAAACUGACAUACGUGUGCGUUUGCUUUAGAGUAGAAAGCGUCGGAUGGAGAAAAGCCCUCAUUCAGAAGUGCCGGUAGCUCGGGUGCUCUGCAGGUCAGCAGGCUGCUGACUGCUCUGACAGCAGCGCUGUGAGUGAAAAGGAGCAGGGUAACACCGUGCCUGUCAGUCUGCUUUCAGCCAAAGGACCGUGUUUAAGCAGAAGGUCCACAGGAUCGUUCCAGCGUGUGGAUCCUAAGUGAGCGGCUCCUUGGAGCUGUUUGCUUGAUGGUUGGACCUGCUCAGUUAGGUCCCCCCAAGGCACUUCUCUCUCCCAUUGAGCCUGCUGGGGAGCUGGGCUGCACGCAGAUGGCACUCUGCCUUUCCCUCUGAGCAUCUGGUAACUGUCACGGUGCCUAAAUACUUCUUUGGUCAUCCUCCAGCCUCAGAUUACAGAAGGGCUGUUGGAACUGUAAGUAGAACGUAGUGUGUAGGAACUGAUUAGCACUUGUAAAAGGCACAGUAACCUGGUCUAGUACCAGACCUGGAGGUUGGCGGCCCUGCCUGUGGCAGCGGGGUUGGAACUUGAUGAUCCUUGGGGUCCCUUCCAACCCAAGCCAUUCUGUGAUUCUAUGAUUUGAAAAGAAUUGCAGACAGUGAAAAAUGCCUAAAAAGAAGACUGGUGCUCGUAAGAAAGCUGAGAACCGGCGAGAACGUGAGAAGCAGAUAAGGGCUUCAAGAGCCAACAUAGAUUUAGCCAAACAUCCUUGUAAUGCUUCAAUGGAAUGUGAUAAGUGCCAAAGACGACAGAAGAAUAGAGCUUUUUGCUACUUCUGCAACUCUGUUCAAAAAUUGCCCAUUUGUGCACAGUGUGGAAAAACCAAAUGCAUGAUGAAGUCUUCAGAUUGUGUCAUAAAACAUGCUGGUGUGUACAGUACUGGACUGGCAAUGGUGGGUGCAAUCUGUGAUUUCUGCGAAGCCUGGGUGUGCCAUGGGAGGAAGUGUCUCAGCACACAUGCAUGCGUCUGCCCUCUGGCAGAUGCAGAAUGUAUUGAGUGUGAAAGAAGUGUCUGGGAUCAUGGAGGCAGAAUGUUUGCCUGCUCUUUUUGCCACAAUUUCCUUUGUGAAGAUGAUCAGUUUGAACAUCAAGCCAGCUGCCAAGUUUUGGAAGCAGAGACAUUUAAAUGUGUUUCCUGUAACAGGCUUGGGCAGCAUUCAUGCCUGCGUUGUAAGGCUUGUUUUUGUGAUGAUCAUGUGCGAAGUAAGGUUUUUAAGCAAGAAAAGGGAAAAGAGCCUCCCUGCCCUAAAUGUGGCCAUGAAACUCAGCAGACAAAGGAUCUGAGCAUGUCAACACGCUCUUUGAAGUUUGGCCGCCAGACUGGAGGUGAAGAUGCAGACGGUGCUUCUGGUUAUGAUGCCUACUGGAAAAACCUCUCCUCCAGCAAGGCUGGAGAUGCAGGUGAUCGUGACGAUGAAUAUGACGAAUAUGAAGCAGAAGAUGACGAUGAAGAUGAUGAUGAAGGAGGGAAGGAUUCUGAUACAGAGACCACAGAUGUAUUCAGCAAUUUGAGUUUAGGGAGGACGUACGCUAGUGGGUACGCACAUUAUGAAGAACCUGAAGAUUAGUUUUAGUGUGCUAAUGUGCUAGAACCUUUGCGAGGUUGCACCAAGCGGGUGCAUCGUUGCUGAGUUGUAUACAUGCCAGUAGGAUAGUUCUAUCAGGUACUUAACAUAUCAGAGGUUGACAAUGAAGUCUGGGACAUCUGUAGUAACUCCAGGUGAGAUUUGUUGGUAUAAACCAUUAUUGGAUUUGGGACUUGGGGGAGAAAGUGGGGGAAAUAUUUUUAUUCCCUUAACCACCUGAAGUGGUGGUGUCUUUCAGCUACUGAGUGUAACGGUUUAAUGCCUUGUUUCUGUUUAUGCAUCAGAAGUUAUUUUUACAGUAUUUGUUAACUGAUUUCAUAAAAUUUGUGUAUUGUUGGGCUGCAGACUGCAUUUCUAGGGGGUCAGCGCAAUAAAAGUCAACUGCAUUCUCGAA